AUAUUGUUUAUUAUUAUAUUUAUUAUCAACGAUAAAUAAGCAGUUUAAUACUGCGAAGUUAUCAAUAAAGUAUAUUGUGUUUUUUGUAACAUUCGCUCUUUAUAAGUAAUUAUUAAUCAUGUCGUUUUUUAAGAAUGUUACAUCAAGCUUCGCUAUUCGUAGUCGUGAUACAAUUCUCAAGGAGUCUCUUAUAAAUAACUUAUCAGAGUGCGUGAAAGACAUUCAAUACAACAGUCAAUUUGAAGAAAACUUUCACAGUGUUCUUGGUUCAACUGAUUCAACAAAUACCUUGUGUAUGGCUUUGGAAGCUGUAUUCCUUCAUGGUUUGAAAGAUACUUUUUUAAGAAAAGCUAAAAAUGUUAUAUCUGGCGAUCCCGACUACCGUCCUCAAUCAAGUUUUUGGCCUCUUAUACUUGUGUUAUCACAUAGGCAAAAUAUUGAUCAAAUUUCGUCCCUUCCCCAGAUAAACACCGAAAUAGGCCAAUGUCGAGCCUGGCUGAGGAUCGCUCUUAACGAAUGUUUAUUGUCAUCCUAUAUGUCCACAUUAUUAAAAAACAUAUCAGCAGUGAAACCAUUUUAUAACAGAACUGCUUUUGUUUGUGAUACAGAAAUAUUAGAAGUAGCACAAAAACUGGUUCAGGGCUUGGAAACUUGUGUCCAAUUUAAUUUACCUAUAAAUUCUAGUUUAUUAAAUAAUUGGCCAGAGCAAGUUCUAAUGCAAGCAGGAAUUUGGGUGCCUACUAUGAGAGUAGCACCAAUAACUGCAGGAUUAGAUGUUGCCAGCACCUUAUCUGAUGAAUCAAAACCAAAACUCGCAUCAACUCCAUCCCAUACCUCAAAUAUUACAGGUUUGGGUAGAAUGUUAUCCUUAAGUGAGGAUGAAGCUUUGAAGUUUAUACUUUCUAAGGACACAAAUGAGAUACAGGACAAAGGCAAGAAUACAGAAGAUAAAAAAGAGUAUGAAAAGGAUGUAGAAAAGAAUAUAGAAGCUGCUACUAGUUCAAUACUUAUAGAACAGCCCACAACAAGUCAUGAGCCAGUUGACUCGGGACAGAUUUAUUCCUCAUCUGUAGACUCAGGAGAAUUUAUAACAACAGCUGAUACAAUUGUUACGGGAAAUUCACUAUGUGGAAAAGGAUGGUCAAAUGAUGGUCAUGAUGACCUUAAUACAUCAAUCAAUUCAAAUUCGUCUCAUGGAAGCAGUAUGAUAAAAACACCAGAAAUAAAAAGCCUGUCAUCUCUUGUUGAUAACUCAAAUACUUUUAAUGAAACAAUUUCUAACACACCAAAUUUGAGAGAUAUUAUGAAAGAUAUUCAUAAAGAAUUGAAAUUAACACCAGACGAUAAUGAGUUCUGUGAGGUGAAGACAGAGACAGCUCUUCCAGAUGAUCCUACAUUACAGGGAUUGGAUUUCGAAGUAGUACCAAACUCUACAACUGGUUCGUUCACUGCUCAAGAGUUGCAGAAAAUGGUCAAACAAUUGGGAACAUUGUCACGUGAAAAGGGUCUUGAUUAUCAAAACUAUCAAUGCAAGAGCUGUCAAGAUUUAUUAGGAAGUACCAUAUCAAAAGCAAAAGUGUGUGGAUACACUGGGGAAUAUUACUGCUCAAAUUGUAUGGACCCUAAUGUUUUUAUUAUACCAUCUCGGGUCAUUCACAAUUGGGAUUUCAGGAGAUAUCCAGUGUCAAAGAAGUCAGCGCUAUUUUUAUUAGAAUUUCAACAUCACCCAUGGAUAGACAUGAAAAAACUAAAUCCAAAGAUCUACUGUGGAGUUUCAGAUAUGGCUCAGUUGCAAGAAUUAAGAAUACAACUUAAUUUUCUAAGAGCAUAUAUAUUUACCUGUCGAGAACCGGUCAUUGAAGAAUUGCAGAAACGAGUUUGGCCUAGGGAGUAUUUAUAUGAUCACCUCCAUACAUACACAAUAUCUGAUUUGGCACAAAUUCCGAACGGUUCACUUGCCUUACAACUAGAGAAAGUAGUACAAUUUGCAAAAUCGCAUGUACUUGAUUGUUGGCUUUGCAGUCAAAAGGGAUUUAUUUGUGAAGUGUGUAGAGAUCCUAAGAUUUUAUACCCUUUUGAGACUAGCUCCACUUACAGAUGUGAGGAAUGCUCAAGUGUAUUUCAUUCCAAGUGUCUGAAUGAGAACGUACCUUGUCCUAAAUGCAAAAGGAGGCAAGAUAGAACGAGUGACACGUCACUGGUUGACGCUCUUCAUAGUCAUUUUAAUAAAUAAUAAUAAUGUUGUAAACAAUAUUUACCAAAACAAACAGAUAGCAUGUUGUGAAUUGGGAUGAUUUAUUUUCACAACGUCAUGAUAUCUUUCGUAGGCCAUUAAACUAAUAACUUGCUAUAUGAAGCAGAUAUGAGUAUUGUAAUGUGCUGAUAUUGUGUGCUUUUGCAAUAACUAUUGUUUCAUAAUUUACAAUUACGAUGCGUAUAUAUAUAUGCUAGUUUAUAACUAAAAAUCUUGUUUUUAGCCAUGCAAUGGUAGUAGUUUAAUAUAAUAAUUACUUUACAUAAUAGGAUAUUAACAUAGAUUCCUAUAAUUACAAAUAAUAUAUUACAUAUAGAGUUAUAGAAAAAUGUAUCUAGAAUAUAGCUUGUAUUUAAAUAAAUUUAUGCCAUAAUAUAUGAAAAAAAAAAAAUUAACUAGAACAAUGCAGAGUAAUUAUCCCCAAAUUACUCUGAGUAUUUUUCUUAAUUGGCUUAUGUAUAUAUUUACUAAAACCAAAAAUUAAAACCAUAUCGUAAAUAAUAUAUAUAAUAAAUAAAUACAAUUUAUUUAAUGUAAUAUAAUACAUACAUAUAAUUUAUUUAAUAAUCAUUUCUAUUUUAUUUAAUUUACAAAGAAAAAUAAGUAAAUCAACUAGUCAUUGGGCCUCAAAAUAUAUAUUACUUAAAAAUUUUGAAUGUAAAAAACAACACAGUUAAAAAAAAUUAAUAACAAUUUUUGUUAUUUUUUUGAGGUGUUAUGAUGCUAAAUAUGGAAAACCAGGCUGUCAAGAGUACUCGUUAAAUUGUGAUAAAUGGUAAAUGCUAAGUGAUAGUAACCUUAUGCCUCGACUGUGUGCUUCGCCUUAUGUUUGAAGAAAAUCACCUAAAAAUAGUGUUUCGUAACAUUCCUCAUUAUUUUAACAGAUUCACGGUUCUUAUCAUUGCGUUAUCAAUAUUACGCCCUAGAUUUAUUAUUAUUUCAAUAUGAAGUGGUCAUUACUACAUUAUAACAAGUGAGUUAAAUAAAUAAAAUAUUUUAAUUGA